GUGUAUGUGGUUUACACGGACAACACGCCAGACAUUUCACCUGGGCUCCACGGACCUAAGGGUAAUACGGGGACUAUGCCAAAGUCCUCAUAAAUCAAAGAGCGGAAUUGCAUUCUGUAGUGUCUAAACUACAUAAAUUCUCUUUUUCUUUGAAAGUCCUCAUUUACCACUUGACCUGAUUUUGAGUGUAUCCCAGUGUAUCAGAACAGCGACGCCACUGCUGGGUUUUAUAUUGCAGUUUCAUACACAUUUCUGAUACACACGGUGCAUUUUGGCGGGCUGUCUUGUGAUUGGCUGGUUUUCGCGCGUGGGCGGGGCCAAACGGAAGUCGACUGGAAGCUCCGCCCAGACAUGCCCGGAGCAUGGCCCAGAGACGUGCUUGUUUAAAACUUAAAUGGACCACACCUGGGAAGCGGCAUCUAGAGUCAUGGACUUACUAGAGGAUUAAAUACAUACAGGCUGUGGCACCUGUAAACAGUAAACAUGCAGCGGCGUAGACGCAUUAAUCCAAAGGAUGAUGCAAGAUUUUAUGUUACUGCUGAAAGUGACAAAGUGGGACUUGACAUCAAGUACAUCAAUGCUGUAAAAGGCCGUGGCAUCUUCACCUCUGUUCCAUUUGAAAAGGGAGACUUUCUAUUGGAAUACAGAGGUGAUCUAAUAAGCAAGCAAGAAUGUGAGAGGAGACAGAGAAUUUACCAUGACCUCCUCAAAGUGUUUAUGUUCGAGUUCCAUUUUAAUGGAAAACUGUGGUGUGUUGAUGCAGCAACAGAGAAUGGGUCACUUGGCAGACUUGUAAAUGACGACCAUAUAAACCCUAAUGCCAAGAUGAAGUACCUCACUGUGCAAGGGAAGCCCCAUCUCUGUUUGUUUGCAGUUCGAGACAUAAGUCCAGGAGAGGAGAUCACCUAUAAUUAUGGUGACUCAGACUGGCCGUGGAGAUGCAAGGCCCUUGAUGACGAAAUGGCUCCAAAGAUUUGUGGUGCCACAAAUCCCCCAUCCACAAUUGAUGAGCCUGAAGAUCUGACCACUGAGAGCAAGUGCAUCCAUACAGCUGUCAGCCACCCAAAUCAGACCAGUCCAGAGCUCGGCCCACUCACCAAGGUUGGAGAGGCCCUUGAUGACAAAAUGGCUCCAAAGAUUUGUGGUGCCACAAAUCCCCCAUCCACAAUUGAUGAGCCUGAAGAUCUGACCACUGAGAGCAAGUGCAUCCAUACAGCUGUCAGCCACCCAAAUCAGACCAGUCCAGAGCUCGGCCCACUCACCAAGGUUGGAGAGUGUCAAAAACACCGCCUGGUGUGCGCAACAGUAUCCUCCUUGGACAAGUGUGUUAAUUGUGUGGGACCCAUAUCUUCCUUCAAGUGGCUUGGCUAUCGCUGCACAGUUUGUUCAGGGGUCUGGCAUAAAUCCUGCUUCAAGCAAAUUACAGGAGAUUACUUGCACAGCACAGCACAGGCACAACAGUCUUCUGAGGCUUCUGAAGAUGAACGGAUGUCAGAUCAGGACAAAAUUCCACAUCCAGAAUUGGACCAAAUGUCAUCUGAUGAUGCUGAGGACAUGUCUGACAUGGAAUACAUACCUGACUCGGAGGAUGAUGAAUAUGAUUCAGAUGCCAGCAUACUCUUAAUGUCAAGUAAGGCAAGAGCUGCACAUAUUCAAGUAAAACCAGUAAUACCUGAUGUUGGAACAUCUUAUGGGUCAGAUACAGGCAACCCAGUUGUGCCCAGUACAUCACAAUGUUGGCCACCCCUUAAAAAUAAGAUGAUUCCCAAUGCUGCUGACACAUCUAAUUCAGCGAAUUCUAUCAAAGACUCAUCAAAGGAAAAGCCAGAGGAAGAAACUGUGACUCAUGAACAAGAAUUACCACAUCUGAUUAUUAGUAAAAAGAAUUACUGUUAUGUUUGUGGUAAGCCACAAAGCAAAAUUUCCCGCCACUUGAAAAUACACAAGACACAUGCUGAAAUUGUCCAUGCAUUUUCCCUUCCUGAGGACUCAAAAGAGCGCAAGAUAUUAUUAGAAAAAAUGAGGAAUAAGGGAAAUUUUAAACAUAACACUGCAGUUUUGCAAGAUGGAACAGGAUCACUGAAAGUGAAGAGAAAGCCAAAAGCUAAAACACUGGCAGGAAAGUUUAUUCACUGUAUGUAUUGUCAAGGGAUGUACAUACGUAAGGAGCUUUGGAGACAUGUCCGCAGAUGCCCCUUUAAGCCAGAAAACGAAGAUUUGGGUGACAAACCUGGGAGAACCAAAGUACUGGGCUUGGCUGUAGCUCUGGAGUCUACAUUUUGUCAGCAGAUCUCAAGUGGAGUGUGGAAGCUCCUUAGUGUCAUGAAACAAGAUGAGGUGGCCUCAGUUGUGCGAAAUGACCUCUCUAUUAUUCAGUUUGCCCAGUCACUCUACAACAAACAUGGACAAGACCCUACAAAAUAUGAAUACAUUCGACAGAAGCUCCGUGAAGUGGGGCGUUUGUUGUUAUGCCUGCGUACAGAAUUCUCAGUACAUAACCUAGAGGAGGCUGUUAAACCUGCUAACUUCCAGAGAGUUGUGCAAGCAGUAAAGAAAGUUUCAGGUUUUGAUGAAGAAAAACACUUGUACCAGAAACCAAGCCUUGCGCUGAAACUGGGGCAUACACUGCAGAAAAUCGCUGACAUUAUUCAUUGUAGGGCACUCAUGGCAGAAGAUGAAGAGUUGAUCAGGUACACUGACACAUUCAAGAAGUUGUACACCUCCAGGUGGUCUGAGUUGGUGUCUCACAGUGCCCUGAACACACUGAGUGAUGCAAAAUACAACAAACCAUCAACAUUGCCCUUCACUGAAGAUGUUCAGAUCCUUCAUCAGUACCUUGAGAAAUCUGCAGAAAGUGCCUUCUGCAGCUUGAAGGAAGAGGCCACCACUCAGAAUUAUGCUCAACUUGCAAAACUCACACUUGCACAAAUCAUUGUGUUCAAUCGAAGACGUGCUGGGGAAGUUUCAAAAAUGCGCCUCAAAAGUUUUCAUGAAAGGGACAACACAAAGCUCCAUGAAGAUGUUGCCAUGGGGUUGUCGAAGACUGAACAGAAGCUCUGCAACUAUUUCAGCCGAAUUGAAAUCAUGGGGAAAAGGGGCAGAAAGGUUGCAGUUCUGCUCACACCAAGUGUUGUGGAUGCUUUGUCACUACUUGCCAGUAGAAGAACUGAAUGUGGCGUUUGUGCCACAAAUGUCUUCCUGUUUGCAAGACCAACGUCAAUGAGCCACUACAGGGGACAGGACUGUUUGCGUGUUCAUGCAAACCAGUGUGGAGCAAAGCACCCGGAGUACCUCAGGUCAACACAACUCAGGAAACAUGUUGCCACACUCUCACAAGUCCUUAAUUUAAAAAACAAUGAACUUGAUCAGGUUGCAGAUUUCGUGGGUCACGACAUCCGUGUUCACCGCGACUUCUACAGAUUACCAGUUCCCACAACACAACUGGCUAAGAUUUCCAAACUGCUUUUGUCAAUGGAGAAAGGACACCUUUCCAGCAUGCAGGGGAAGUCACUGGAUGAGAUUGAAAUUGAAGAUGAGAUUGCGUUAAGUGACGCUGAAGAUAGUGGGAGUGAAUCUGAUAACGGCAACACAGAAGUCACAGCAUCAGAGUUUGGAACUGUGGAGCCUGUGGAUUUUGACUCUACAACUGCAGAGCAAGACCAUGAGAUUGGAGGCUUUGGAUCAUCGUCCUUUGUGUCGUCCACAGUAAAUGAGAGUGUACCUCCCUCUGAAGGGAAUUAUGCUGAUAAAGAACAUGGAUCCAGAAGAGUGGCAAAGAAAGUGUGGUCUAAGGCUGAGGUUGCUGCUGUAAUGCGACACUUCAAAGAUCAUAUAAGCAGGGGGAAACUGGCCACCAAAACUGAAUGCAGUCACUGCAAACUGGUGGAAGACCCCGUGUUGGCACAAAGAACAGUGCAAAAUAUAAGGGACUUUGUUAGAAAUAGAGGAAUAACUGCAAAGAGGCAGUCACAAAAAGAAAAGAUUUAAAUACACUGACAGUUGUGGUGGUGUUUUUCUGUUUGUGUUAAUGUUUUAAAAAGUGUGGCUCUUGUGUUACAAGUUAUCUGCCUGUUAUAGGUUGUAAUAAUGCCAUUUUAAAGGUUCAGUACAAAAAUAUAAGGUUGAAUUAUACAAAGAGGCCAUCAUAACAACAAACUGUAAACCAGCACUUAUUUUAUUUUUUUUACAUGUUAAUUUAUUUUUGUUAUGAGCAAC